AAAAAUUUAACACAAUAAUAAAUAUAUAUUUUGAAUGAAAAAUAUUUGACAUAUAUAAAUACUUUGAUGUUUGAUUUAACUAUUUGAAAAUAUAAAUAAAAAACUUAUGAUGUUGGUUUUAGAAGAUUAUGCCCGCAUGUGCGGACAAAAUAUCUAGUUCGAAUUAAAAGAAUAAGAUGAGAGUAGUUUUGAAUACGACGAAGGUUCAUAAAAUACAAUUUUAGAAUGUAUACGACUAACUUACUCGAUUGGAUCCGCUUUAUUGAUCUAUUUUAUUGAUUUAAUCUAGUUACUUGCUCAAUUGAAUCCAUUUUAUUGAUUUAUAACAAUUCACUUAUUUUGAUUUUGAAACUCAUAUAAAUUAUUUCUAAAUCCACUUGUCUGAUUUUUAAAAUCUUAGAUUUACCAAAGAUUAUUUAAAUCUUAAGAUGAUUUGUAAAUCCAUUAAAAUACUAGAACCAAUAACCCCUCAUGUCCUAGUAAUAGAUUUUUUAUCCUUUGUUGAUGUAUAGUUAUAUCAAGAUUUCUGUUACAAUCACUCUAAUUUACAAACAAACAAUGUGAACAUGUCUUUGCUUGGGAAUCUUCUAAUUGUUUUUUUUAGUGGCUGGCAGGUUAUGGAUCUUCUAGUUAUUCUUUAAUGACUACCAGGUCAUAAAUUCUCACCUCCAUGCAUUUUUAGAAGGAAACAGUAUCAUAUUAUUUUAUUUUAUUUUGUUAAAAAAACUGUUAUGGGUAAACUUUUGAUAGAGAGUUUCUAGUGGUUCUCAAAAUCCAGGAAAACACAAUAAAAAAAAAAUUGAGAGACAUAGUACCACUACCACCGGCUGCCAAAAAAUCGAACCUCUGUCAAAAAAACAUCUGUGAGAAUGGGGCCCACUACGAUCCUACUAGAUAAUUAAGAGUUUUUAUCCAGUAGUUCUUUAGUUGAUGGGAAACCUCUAAUUGAGCUAAUUGUCUUCUAAAUUUUCUACCAAAAUGUAUUUGAAAACAUUACGUCAUAAUGUCUGGAUUGCCACAAUAAAAAAAACAUUACUUUUUUUUUUUUUUUUUUUUUUUUGUCUGGUUAAUUAUGCUAUUACAUGUGUAUAUAAAAAUAGUGUUUACUGUAGCACGUACAUGCAUAUCAAUUUUUUCUAAGAAAAAAAUCAUUACAAUUGGCCUAAUUGAUUCGUUUUCAGAUUUAAUAAACAAAAAAAAAACUCAUGACAGCAGUUUUUCUCUGUUCAUAGUUACAUGUCUAAAGCGGUUUGUUCUUGUGUAAAAAAAAAACAACGUUGAAUUUUUCUUUGCAGAAGCAAUCAAAGUUCUUGCCAAAAUGCAGAGUUUUUAAUUGCGUUAAGCUAUAGCAAGAGUACGAGAGAUAGAGAGAGAUGCUGUCCACGGCGGAGGAAGAUCCUGAAGUAGGAGGAACAGAGCGAAGAGUCGGUAAUCGCGGUGACGAGACGACGCCUGACGUACGAUGGACGUCGUGGCUGAUUCCAGUGGUGGUGGUUGCCAACGUCGUCAUUUUCAUUUCGGUGAUGUACGUCAACGACUGCCCUCACAAGAGCGAUCGAUGUCUCGCAAAGUUCCUCGGACGUUUCUCCUUUGAGUCUUUCAAGAAGAAUCCUCUGCUUGGCCCUUCUUCCUCUACAUUGGAGAAAAUGGGAGCUUUGGCAUGGGGGAAAAUAGUUAACAAGCGUCAAGGUUGGAGACUCUUAACAUGUAUGUGGUUGCACGCCGGUGUUAUCCAUUUGCUAACAAACAUGUUUUGUGUCGCCUUCAUUGGAUUUCGACUCGAACAACAGUUUGGUUUUGUUCGAGUUGGGACAAUCUAUCUUGUGUCAGGCUUCUGCGGGAGCAUACUGUCUUGUCUGUUUCUUCAGAAUGCCAUAUCCGUCGGUGCUUCAAGCGCCUUGUUUGGACUCUUAGGAGCAAUGUUAUCAGAAUUAUUAAUCAAUUGGACUACCUAUGACAACAAGGGUGUGGCUCUGAUAAUGCUUUUGGUGAUAGUUGGUGUUAACUUAGGAUUAGGUACACUUCCUCCUGUUGAUAAUUUUGCUCACAUUGGAGGUUUCUUGGGAGGGUUCCUUCUCGGUUUUCUUCUCCUGAUUCAUCCACAGUUCGAAUGGGAGGAAAACGGAGUUUCUCUUGUUCCCGGUUCGAUUGUUAAACCGAAGUACAACACAUGCCAAUUCGUGCUUUGCAUAGCUGCAUCCAUUGUCUUUGUUGUCGGGUUUGUUACUGGGUUGGUGUUACUAUUCAGAGGAGAUAACUUGAACAGAUAUUGUAAGUGGUGUCAUAAACUUAGCUACUCUGUAAAAUCCCAAUGGUCAUGACAAUUUUUUUCUUUAGUGUUAGAUUGCUUUCUUUCUUUUUUUUUUGUAAUUAACCCGAUUCUUUCAUUUAAUUUUUAAAGCAUAUACAAUAAUAGUGAUU